CGCCGGCGCCGAGGAGCCCCGACCGCCCGUGCCGCGCCAGCCCCGGAACUCCCGCGCUCACUCCGGAUCCCCUCUCCCGCCCCUCCCUUGCACCCCCUGAUCCCCCCUGAUCCCCCCUGAUCCCCACCCGGCCCCUCCGCGGAUCCUCCUGCGCCCCCUCGGGUCCCCUCUCCCGCCCCUCCCCUGCGCCCCCUCGGGUCCCCUUUGCCCGGACCCCCGCAACCAUGGCGGGCGCCGCGUCCCUGCUCGGCUGCCUCCUGGCGCUGCUGGCGCUGUGCCCCGGGGGGCGCCCGCAGACGGUGCUGACGGACGACGAGAUCGAGGAGUUCCUCGAGGGCUUCCUGUCCGAGCUGGGGCCCGCGCCCCGGGAGGACGACGUGGAGGCCCCGGCGCCUCCCCUGCCCACCCAGCGCGUCCGCAACGCCCAGGCGGGGGCCAGGCCGGGGGCGGCCGCUGGAGCCCCUCCGGAAAAGCCCAAAGACAAAGGCAAGAAAGGGAAGAAGGACAAAGGCCCCAAGGCGACCAAGCAGCCCCUCCUCGAGGGGUCCCCCAGGCCACCCAAGAAGGGGAAGGAGAAGCCGCCCAAGGCCACCAAGAAGCCCAAGGAGAAGCCGCUUGAAGCCACCAAGAAGCCCAAGGAGAAGCCACCCAAGGCCACCAAGAAACCCAAGGAGAAGCCGCCCAAGGCCACCAAGAAACCCAAAGAGAAGCCGCCCAAGGCCACCAAGAAGCCCAAGGAUAGGACGCUCGAGGCCACCAAGAGACCCAAGGAGAAGCCCUCCAUGCCAGCCCCUGCAGAAACCCUGGAGUGGCCCCUGCCCCCAGCCGCCAGCCCCAUUCCAGAGCUGUCACUCUGGGAGGGAGACAAGGCCGCCCCAGAUGCCUGGCAGGGCCCAGAGGAGGAGGCCCGUGUGGAGCCCCAGGAGCCCCAGCCCGAGCCCGAGGAGGAAACGGAGGUGCCCACGCUGGACUACAACGACCAGAUAGAGCGCGAGGACUAUGAGGACUUCGAGUACAUCCGGCGCCAGAAGCCCAGGCCGCCCAGCAGGAAGAGGCCCGAGCGGCUGUGGCCCCAGCGCCCUGAGGAGAAGGCCAAGGAGGCAGAGGAGAAGACGGAACCACCUCCAGAGCCGCUGCUACCCCCUCUGCCCCCCGACUAUGGGGACGGCUUUGUGAUCCCCAACUACGACGACAUGGACUAUUACUUCCCGCCCCCGCCCGCCCCGGAGCCCGACGCUGAGCAGGACACCCACGAGGAGAAAGAGGAGCGGAAGAAACCCAGAAAGGAGGGCAGCGGCCCCCAGGAGGAGACGGAGGACAGGUGGGCCGUGGAGAAGGGCAAGGACCAAGGGCCCUCGAAGGGCAAGGAGCUGGAGGAGGAGUGGGCACCCACGGAGAAGAUCAAGUGCCCACCCAUUGGGAUGGAGUCCCACCGUAUCGAGGACAACCAGAUCCGUGCCUCCUCCAUGCUCCGCCAUGGCCUGGGGGCCCAGCGUGGCCGGCUCAACAUGCAGGCUGGUGCCAACGAGGACGACUACUACGAUGGGGCGUGGUGUGCUGAGGAUGACUCGCAGACCCAGUGGAUCGAGGUGGACACCAGGAGGACCACCCGGUUCACGGGCGUCAUCACCCAGGGCCGAGACUCCAGCAUCCACGACGACUUCGUGACCACCUUCUUCGUGGGCUUCAGCAAUGACAGUCAGACGUGGGUGAUGUACACCAACGGCUACGAGGAGAUGACCUUCCACGGCAACGUGGACAAGGACACGCCCGUGCUGAGCGAGCUCCCGGAGCCCGUGGUGGCCCGCUUCAUCCGCAUCUACCCGCUCACCUGGAAUGGUAGCCUGUGCAUGCGCCUGGAGGUGCUGGGCUGCCCUGUGUCCCCUGUCUACAGCUACUAUGCACAGAAUGAGGUAGUGACCACUGAUGACCUGGACUUCCGGCACCACAGCUACAAGGACAUGCGCCAGCUGAUGAAGGUGGUGAACGAGGAGUGCCCCACCAUCACGCGCACGUACAGCCUGGGCAAGAGCUCGCGCGGCCUCAAAAUCUAUGCCAUGGAGAUCUCCGACAACCCUGGGGAGCAUGAGCUGGGGGAACCCGAGUUCCGCUACACAGCCGGGAUCCACGGCAAUGAGGUGCUGGGCCGAGAGCUGCUGCUGCUGCUGAUGCAGUACCUGUGCCGCGAGUACCGUGAUGGGAACCCCCGCGUGCGCAACCUGGUGCAGGACACACGCAUCCACCUGGUGCCCUCGCUGAACCCCGAUGGCUACGAGGUGGCCGCACAGAUGGGCUCGGAAUUUGGGAACUGGGCACUGGGACUGUGGACCGAGGAGGGAUUUGACAUCUUUGAGGACUUCCCGGAUCUCAACUCUGUGCUCUGGGGAGCGGAGGAGAGGAAAUGGGUCCCUUAUCGGGUCCCCAACAAUAACCUGCCCAUCCCUGAGCGCUACCUGUCCCCUGACGCCACGGUGUCCACAGAGGUCCGGGCCAUCAUCGCCUGGAUGGAGAAAAACCCCUUUGUGCUGGGAGCAAACCUGAAUGGUGGUGAGCGGCUCGUGUCCUAUCCCUACGACAUGGCCCGCACGCCCAGCCAGGAGCAGCUGCUGGCCGCGGCCAUGGCCGCCGCACGGGGAGAGGACGAUGACGAGGUCUCCGAGGCCCAGGAGACCCCAGACCAUGCCAUCUUCCGCUGGCUGGCCAUCUCCUUCGCCUCCGCCCACCUCACGAUGACCGAGCCCUACCGGGGCGGGUGCCAAGCCCAAGACUACACCAGCGGCACGGGCAUCGUCAACGGGGCCAAGUGGAACCCCCGGUCAGGCACCAUCAACGACUUCAGCUACCUGCAUACCAACUGCCUGGAGCUCUCCAUCUACCUGGGCUGCGACAAGUUCCCCCACGAGAGUGAGCUGCCCCGGGAGUGGGAGAACAACAAGGAAGCACUGCUCACCUUCAUGGAGCAGGUGCACCGUGGCAUCAAGGGAGUGGUGACAGACGAGCAAGGCAUCCCCAUUGCCAAUGCCACCAUCUCUGUGAGUGGCAUCAACCACGGUGUGAAGACAGCCAGCGGGGGUGAUUACUGGCGCAUCCUGAACCCGGGCGAGUACCGGGUGACGGCGCAUGCUGAUGGCUACACCGCAAGCUCCAAGACCUGCAACGUGGACUAUGACAUCGGGGCCACCCAGUGCAACUUCGUGCUGGCACGCUCCAACUGGAAGCGCAUCCGGGAGAUCCUGGCCAUGAACGGAAACCGGCCCAUCCUGCGCAUUGACCCCUCCCGGCCCAUGACCCCCCAGCAGCGGCGCCUGCAGCAGCGGCGGCUGCAGCACCGGCUGCGCCUGCGAGAGCAGAUGAGGCUGCGGCGCCUCAAGACCACGGCAGGCCCCGUGUCCUCCACGCUGCCCCCCGUCCUGGCCACGGGCACCACCCCCACUCCCACCCCCACCCCGGGGCCCUGGGCCCUGCCGAAUCCAACCACCACAGCCUGGGAGGAGACCGAGACGGAAACCUACACAGAGGUGGUGACGGAGCUUGGGACGGAGGCGGAGGAGCUGCAGCCCGAGGAGCCGGAGCCGGAGUGGAGGGAGGGGGAGGAGGAGGAGGAGGAGGAGUGGGGGGAGGAGGAGGCGGCCACCGGCGCCACAUUCCCCUUCACCACUGUCGAGACCUACACGGUGAACUUCGGGGACUUCUGAGAGCGGGGUCCACCAGGCCCCGACCCAGCACACGCUCCACCAGUGCUUCCCGGGCCGCCCAGGCUCGUCCGCGGGCACAGGAAGGGGUCCCGGACUUCAGCCAGAGCUUGUGCAGAGGCCCCUGCCCCCCGCCGCAGCCACAUCCGGGAGCCCAGGUCACGGCAAUAAACAAGCUCAUGGCACUGACGGCUGCAUCCUGGCCAGCU